GCCGACGACUGUCAAAGUCAAAAAAACUAAGCAAGUCAUUGGCAAUAUCCAGUUUUCUAGUGGUAAAAGAUUUUGUUUCACCUGGUGUUUAUUAAAUCUGUAUAAUGUCUGUUAAUAAGGAAGAUACAUUGCGGCAGUUUUGUGAUGUUACUGGUGCUGACGACGCCAGAAGUAGAUUCUUUUUGGAAUCAUCUAAUUGGCAACUCGAGGUGGCACUGUCCAGUUUCUAUGAACAUGGAGGGAAUGUAGAAGAGGCUCCUGCUAACCCUGCACCUGCAGCCGGACUACCAAUGCUUUCAGAGAGUGAUAUGGAAUCUCCGCCCGCAUCGCCUGUGCUGCCUGCAAAGAAAGACAAGAAGCCACAACCAACAUCUAAGUUUGCAACAUUACAAUCUCUGCAACAGGAUAGUUCCAGUGAUGAAGAAGAAGGUGAAGCUUUUUAUGCAGGAGGCUCAGAGCGCUCCGGUCAACAGAUCUUGGGGCCCGGGAAGAACCGGAAGGAUAUUGUCGCAGAGAUGUUCAGAAGUGUCAGAGAACAAGGCGCGGUUGUUUUCGGCAACGAGCCGACUUCGUCCAGCAGAGGGCGCGGUGUGUUCUCCGGGGUCGGGUACAGACUUGGACAAACUGCGGACGAUCACGAGCAAAUAGCGCCGCCUAAUAGAGACCAAGAGGAACAAAGUCGUUCAGUUCGCUUGCGGCUGUACCGCGAGGGGUUCACAGUGAAUGACGGGCCCAUACGACUGUACAGCGAGCCCGCCAACGCGCAGUUCCUCAACCAUAUCCGGCGCGGUGAGAUCCCCGCGGAGUUGUCUCGCGAGGGCGGGCUGGUGCGCGUCAGUCUGGAGGACCACCGGCUGGAGGAGAGCCCGCACGAGCCC